AUGUCGACCCUACGAAUUAGAAGGAUCCCAGAAACAAUCACCAAGGAUUACCUUUCUGAGUUAUACCCAGGCUGUGCCAUAUCCUUAUGCAGAACCGGGUGUGGGAAAGUCGACAAAACUCAGACUGCUACAGUGACCUUCAAAAAUGAAAGCGCCGUGAAGGAUAUAAUCCGAAACAAACCACUUUUUAUCGACAAAAAGAAGGUUGUGGUUGAUGAUGAAUUUAACGCGCUGACGGUGUUGCAUUCGGACCCUAAAGCUUGCGUUGACAUAAUCGCGGUUCAUGGACUUGGAGGCCAUGCAUUUCGUUCUUGGACAUUCAGGGGCCCGGGGAGUAAUGGUGCUGGCGCCAUGUGGCUUCGCGAUUUUCUCCCAGAUGAAAUCUCGCAAUCUCGCAUCAUGACCUACGGAUAUAAUUCAGAUAUUUUAGACACAGACAGUGUCGCGGGCAUCCGGGCUUACGGUUUAUCACUACUUAAUAUCAUCAAUGACAUGAGGACCACGUCGAAGGAAAAGAAGAGACCGAUCAUAUUCAUAUGCCACAGUCUGGGAGGUAUAGUUGUAAAGGAGGCCCUAAAUAGGGCUAGAGUGCAUAAUUAUCAAGACAUUGUUGGCCCAACAAUAGGUAUCGUGUUUUUGUCUACACCACACCAAGGGACCUCACUUGCACAAUAUGGAUCGAUCAUAGGCGUGAUUGCAGCAAUCCAGGGUUUAAAUCGAAAACUCAUCUCGGAUCUCGAACAGAACUCAGAUCGUCUUACUGAGAUAGCCGAGGAUUUUAUCAGGUACCAGUCCUCGAUUUUAUUCGCCUCGUUUUAUGAGAGAAGAAAAACUAGUCUUUUUGGUGGUUUUUGGGGAUAUUGGUAUGGGAGUAAAUUGCUGGUGGAUCAACUAUCUUCAACCCUGGGUGUUCUUGGCGAGAAACGUGACCCACUAGAUAAGGAUCACAUGUCGAUCUGUAAAUUCGAGCACCAGGAAGAUAUUGGAUAUAGGACAGUUGUUAAGCGCAUCCGAGAAAUAAUGGGUGGACGGACGAAGAUGCAAAUGGAAGGGAGCUAUCAAGUUUCAUCCUCCAAGGAUCUAAAGGAGGGGUUGUUGCCACGACAAGAGACCACCAAGUCGCCCAACGAAUUACAGAGUAUAGAUCUUGAAAUAAGCGUACAGAAAAUGACCUACGAAGAAACGAAUUAG